UCACAUACCUAUGCAUGAUGUUAAUACUAUGGAGGUACUCUACGGCACUGACAAGUUGAUAAAACAUAAGUGCAGAUUUUUCCUCAGGUAUUGCUCCCCUUAAUUUGAUAUAUUCUAACAAAUCACCAUGUCCGGCCAUCUCCAUUAUCAUGUAGACCUGCAAAGUAGGUUUCAGAAUAAUUUUAUCUGUUUUGAAGUAUGAAAUAAAUCUACCGUGCGUGAAAAAAUACUAUAAUUACAACACUAUCCCCAUUCAAUUCACAUAUUAUCAAAUAAAUUCUCAAAACAUCCAGAAGAUGCAAAACAAAUUUUAUCUUACUUUAUUACUGAACUGCAUGAUUUCGUAGAGUCGUACAAUAUGAUCAUGAUUGACACGUCUCAAGACUUCAAGUUCUCUCGGAAGAAACUUUAUUUGAAAAUCCUUAGGCGCACGCUUUCUGUUGAUUAUCUUGAUCGCAACUUUACAUCCCCCAAGUUUUUCACUGGUGCCACAUUUAACUUUUGCGUAAGAACCUUCGCCUAUGGUGGGGCCGAGUUGAUAUCCCCUCCUUCGCAUUUCUUCAUCAUCAGGCAAAGGUCUCUCCGCUCCUGUUGACAUGAUUCAACUUCACAAAACUCCCUACAUACAGGGGGUGCUAAAAUACCACUUUUACUUUGUAGUAUUUCAUAGUUUAUAAUUCUCCGAAGUUAGACAAGAUUUUUCUGAGAGAAUCCAUUUCCCUCAUUGUCAUGGAAAUAAGUAAAAAGUUGUGCAUUACGUCAUUUGCAAUUCCUGGAAAGCAUUGGAUUUGUGCCAAAAACGUCACACUUGGGGUCACUGGGUGCACCCGUGUGAAACAAUAGAUAAGUCACGUGCGCAAUAACUCUUAGCUACCAAUAAACAUUUUGGAUGAACAAUAAAAAUAUAUUGUUUCAUAUGAAAAAACGGGCAAAAUACGGCAAAACAGAUGAAUGAGCCAAAUAAAAAGCGAAGAAGGACCGACCAAAAGGGACUUCUAGUUGAUACUGAACCACGCACUCCUGAAACCGAAAUAAAAAUCAUGCAACAACAGAUGGAACCAAUUUUUUCAAAGCAGAAAACUGGAAUGCCGGCAACACUUUCCUACCGACCUACAUACAGAGCUGAGCUUGCUAAAAAAGGAUAUUUGGUCCGCGAAAGUAUAGGAUCUGGGACAUAUUCUAAGGUAAAGAAAGCCCUUAACUUAAACCCCGGAAAGCAUGGAGAGCAUUCAACAAUAGCGGUUAAGAUCAUUGACAGGCGAAAAGCACCACAAGAUUACCAACAGCGAUUCAUGCCAAGGGAAUUGAAGUUAUGGCCAGAGUUGGACCAUGCGCACAUUGUUAAACUAAUUGAAUGUUUUGAGGAUGAACAACGUAUUUAUAUGGUACAUGAAUAUGCAGAUGGAGGAGACGUACUCAGGUAUGUCCAAACAGCUGGUGCACUCAAUGAAACUAUGGCUCAAAAAUGGACAGGCCAAAUCAUUGAUGCAGUAAGGUAUCUUCAUGAGAAGAAUGUUGCUCACAGAGAUCUGAAACUGGAAAAUCUUCUACUUGAUGAAGUUCGUAACAUCAAAAUAUGUGAUUUUGGAUUUGUAAAGGAGCUGACCAUGAAAGAACUCAGUAAAACAUACUGUGGGUCGAAAUCAUAUGCAGCUCCUGAAAUUUUGAUUGGCCAACCGUACGAACCUUUCAAGGCAGAUGUGUGGGCGAUUGGUGUUAUUCUAUACAUUCUAGUCACUGGAAAAAUGCCGUUUGACGAAAGUAAAGGCAACAAAUUUAUCUUGAGUGAACAAAGGGCAAUGGACCUUUAUUGGCCAAAACUUCAAAGGGUAUCUCAGACGUGCAAAGAUCUGAUCCGCUACGCUUUGACGUAUGACUUCCAUAGGCGACCGACCAUACAAGAACUGUUCAAUCACGAAUGGCUGAGAUCAAAAUUAACUAAAUGCCAUCCAAAGUGUCUCCCAACUGUCAAUGAGGAAAUUGGUACAAAUGUGGAAUACACAAUGAAUGAGUCCCAUUAGUUAAAUAAAUGAUGAUUGUUGGUUCUGUGCGCUGGCUGUUGAGCAGCCAAUGAUCGGAGAUACGCCGAUCAAAGUUGUUGUUAAUGUCAUUGUGACUAUAUACAUAAAAUUAAUUAUAUGAUCAUGGAAUGUAUAAACGUCCCGGGAUAACCAUGUUGAACACACAAACUACGGAAUUAUCGUGUCUAUUCGUAAUGUUAAUGUCAGUUUUGUUUUGAUAUUUGUUUGUAAAAAUGUAAUGAGCGAUUGUGAAUAAAUAAACUAAAGUAUACACACACACUGUUACUGUAGUAGGCUUCAUGUAGUAUUUGGACUCUCAUAUCGUUUUGUGUACUGGAGUUUAUUUCUCGGAAGUUCGAAAAGUUGCGAAGUCCAUUGCUGUUUGUAAAAUUUACUUUAAACUUGCAUUUUUCGAAAUUUAGUAACUGC